GCAACAUUCGGACUGGCAGUUUUCUUGUAGCAGUCGUGGCGCGUGCAUCUUUUGAGAUCGAGAAUUUGGAUAUAGCAGCAGCAACACCCAGCGAGAGCGACAGACAAGACCAGACCAUAGCAGACAGGAGCAGAGAGUUGGAUCAGUUUUCAUUGCGGCCAAGGGAGAAUAAACAGUAGAGCUGUGGAGCUGCAAAGAGAGAAAACGCUGGAAUUCCUGCGAGUUUUGACGUUUGUGCUGCUGUUCCUCAUCAUCUCCUUGUACCUGUAUCGAUUUGCAUUCUAGGAUCGCCCAAGGAGACUGUCUAGGGGAAUUUGGCCGCAGCAAAGAUGCCCAAAUUACCAGCAGUUGGCAUUGAUCUUGGUACCACAUACUCGUGUGUUGGCGUUUUUCAACAUGGCAAAGUGGAGAUCAUUGCCAAUGACCAGGGCAACCGCACCACGCCCAGCUAUGUGGCAUUCACGGAGUCGGAGCGUCUGAUCGGAGAUGCCGCCAAGAACCAGGUGGCCAUGAAUCCAAACAACACAAUCUUCGAUGCUAAGCGGCUGAUUGGACGCAAAUUCGAUGAUGCCACCGUCCAGAGCGACAUGAAGCACUGGCCCUUCGAGGUGGUCUCCGACAACGGCAAGCCGCGCAUCCGUGUGGAGUACAAGGGCGAGAAGAAGAGCUUCUACCCGGAGGAGGUCUCCUCGAUGGUGCUCACCAAGAUGCGCGAAACGGCCGAGGCGUAUCUGGGAGGCUCCGUCACGGAUGCAGUGGUCACGGUGCCGGCCUACUUCAACGACUCGCAGCGCCAGGCCACAAAGGAUGCGGGCGCCAUUGCCGGGCUGAAUGUGCUGAGGAUUAUCAACGAGCCGACAGCUGCGGCCAUUGCCUACGGCCUGGACAAGCAGGGCACCAGCGAGCGCAAUGUUCUCAUCUUCGAUCUGGGCGGCGGCACCUUUGACGUGUCCGUGCUGACCAUCGAGGACGGCAUCUUUGAGGUGAAGGCCACCGCCGGCGAUACUCACCUCGGUGGCGAGGACUUUGACAACCGCCUGGUCAACCACUUCGUGCAGGAGUUCCAGCGCAAGCACAAGCGCGAUCUCGGCCAGAACAAGCGGGCCCUGCGCCGCCUGCGCACCGCCUGCGAGCGGGCCAAGCGUACGCUGUCCUCCUCCACCCAGGCCAGCAUCGAGAUCGACUCUCUGUUUGAGGGCAUCGACUUUUACACCUCGGUGACGCGAGCUCGCUUCGAGGAGCUCAACGGAGACCUGUUCCGUGGCACCAUGGAGCCGGUGGCCAAGGCUCUGCGCGAUGGCAAGAUGGACAAGAGCCAGAUCCACGACAUUGUGCUGGUCGGUGGCUCCACCAGGAUACCCAAGGUGCAGCGCCUGCUGCAGGACUUCUUCAACGGCAAGGAGCUGAACAAGUCCAUCAAUCCGGAUGAGGCGGUGGCCUACGGCGCAGCCGUCCAGGCGGCCAUCCUCCAUGGCGACAAGUCGGAGGCUGUGCAGGAUUUGCUACUGCUAGACGUCACUCCCCUGUCGCUGGGCAUCGAGACGGCUGGCGGUGUGAUGACAACGCUGAUCAAGCGGAACACCACCAUCCCCACCAAGCAGACGCAGAUCUUCACCACGUACGCGGACAACCAGCCGGGUGUGCUCAUCCAGGUGUACGAGGGCGAACGCGCCAUGACCCGCGACAACAACAUUCUCGGCAAAUUCGAGCUGUCGGCCAUUCCGCCGGCGCCACGCGGUGUGCCCCAGGUGGAGGUCACCUUCGACAUCGAUGCGAAUGGCAUCCUCAAUGUGAAUGCCCUGGAGAAGUCGACGGGCAAGGAGAACCGCAUCACCAUCACCAAUGACAAGGGUCGCCUCUCCAAGGAGGACAUCGAGCGCAUGGUCAACGAGGCGGAUGCGUAUCGGCAGGCGGACGAACAGCAGCGGGACCGCGUCAAUGCCAAGAACCAAUUGGAAGGAUACUGCUUCCAGCUGCGCUCCACCCUCGAAGACGAGCAGCUGCGUAGCCGCAUUAGCGACUCGGACCGCGACACGGUGCUCCAGAAGUGCAGCGAGACCAUCGCCUGGCUGGAGGCCAAUCAGUUGGCCGAGCGGCAGGAGUACGAGCAUCGCCAGCAGGAGCUAGAGCGCAUCUGCAGUCCCAUUAUUGCGCGACUCUAUCAGAGUGCUGGCAUGCAGCAGCCACCACCAAGUGGUGGUUCCGCCAAUGGGCCUGCAACAGGUGGCGGCGGCAGCGCUGGACCCACCAUCGAGGAAGUUGAUUAGAGAAUUUGAUUGUUCUCUUUUCGAAACAAUGCAAAUUGACUGUACUACCCAAAAGACUCUCCAAAUUGAAAUUCCUUUUGAAAUGUUCCUUCCUUCACCUAUUCCUUCAGUGCAAAUAAAGAACCAAACACAAGGCAAA